AUGCUCUUGAGUACCAAUCCUGAUCGGUGGCUGGGCCCCUGGACAACCAUUGGCAAGCACCAUCCUGCCAUGCUCAAGGCUAUGAGGUCCGAUGUGACAAGGAUAUCAAACACCUCAAUCAACGUGCUAAUUGGAGAAUGCUCCGCGGCUUUAUUACUCGAAAUAGGUGACUCAACUGAAUGGACAUCCAGGGAAGUUCUAAAGAUGUGCAACUGGGUCACCGCAAAGAUGGUCGGUACCAUGAUCGCUGGACGUGAAUUUGGCUACGAUGAAAUGUGGCUACAGUUAGCCCCAUCUUCCGCAUUGACCGCGCUGAAACUCGCCAUGGCUCUUAAAAAAUGGCCUGUUAUGUUACGGACCAUCGUCGCCAAUUUCAUCGGCCCCGCAAAAGAGCUCAAGACUAUCAAGCAGAAAAUGGGAGAUUCUGGUGAAACCUUUUGCCCGAGAAAGGAGUAA